CUGAGCUCCCAUAAUCGGAGCCAGGCCCUGGCUAUUCUAUUGUGUCAGCCUGUCUGUAUUGUGUUUGUUUCUCUGAGCAGCGGCUGGACUGGGACCAGCUCCUCAGAGGAUGGAUAGUGAGUGAGUGGAUGACUCCGUCUCUUUAGUUUCUCUAUGUCAGGCGGGAUUCACAGCUCUGGAGUAUUUUCCUGCACUAAUAUAGGUUCUCAGUCUGAUAUCAAAACUCACCAGCUGAUUGAACACCAAGUUCCAGGACGCCAUUGGUCUAUUCAGUGUUUUUUCUGACACCCAGAGAACACAAUGGACACCUCAGAACUCCUGCUGCUGCUGCUUCUCCAGCCCCUGAUCCUCGGUGUUGCUGAUCCAGACCACCACCUUUCUACUGAGCAGACUUCUGCAGCCACGUCUGUUGACCACGGUGUCAGCACAGCAUCCAUAGAGCCCAGCCCAGAAACCACAGACUCCACCAGCAACACUGAACCCUAUCGUGGGGACUGCUUGAUUGACACUGAGAUGGGUUUGGUAGCUGUUGGGUCAGCAGGAGGGUUGAUUGUCUGCUUGUUGGUUGCGGUUGGGGUGCUAACAUGUCAGGUCUGCGUCCUUCAGCGCCGUGUUUAUGUCCCCCGAAUCUCAAGGUCCAACAUGGACCUGGUGAGCUCUGCAGGGUACUGGGCCUCGGACAGAAGGGAGAGCGGAGGAAUUGUUGGACCAUGUGACACCAGUGUCAUCCUUGAGGAAGUCCGAGCUGACAGCAGCGCAGAGGAGGAGCGGCAGCCUGACACACAGGGGACGGCGGCGGGAUACAACGGGGGCUCCACAACAAAGCCGCUCCUUCCAGAAGAGGAGGCCCUGCUGACGUCCAGCUCCAAAGAUUCCUGCUUGGAGAUCCCCAGAGAUUUAGAAGACACCCCCCUUGUUGUGUAAAAGGGCUACUUCCUCCUGGGGAGACCCAGGCCUGGCCUAACCAGUUUUCUGUUCUGAUGGACAUUAACCUAGCACACCUUCCCGUUUGUUUCCAGCUGGUUCAUCUCAGUAUAAAGCUGACUGAAGCCAUCCUGGAGCUCAGAGCUGCUGUAAACACUAAACCAGUGUGCAAACAGAAAUAAAUCCAGUCAUUACAGUCUUAGAACCAUAACAGCGUAUGAAACAGCCUUUAAUGACAAGCCUCUGUUUUUUAUGUCAAAUGUGCAAAGACUUGGUUUCAUACUUAGAAAAGCCCCGUUUUCUCCUUGUUUACACAAGUUUCAUUUAAUAACCAAGUUUGAGAGAUGUAAAAUUAUGUCUGCCACCCCCAACCCGCUGUAAAUAGGAUACCUGCAUGUUUUGAACUGAUAAACAAAAGAACAAGAAGCAUGUUUAAGAAUUUACAGUUUAAUCAGGGUGCAUGUUGUUUGGCACACAUUGUUGUUGCAGAACAGCUUAAGUGGCAGAAAGCAACAGGACCCUUAACGAGGGUCUGAGCUCAAUUCAGGGUGUCUUCUCUGACCUGAUAAACUGAGAGUCACAAAAACACAGAUUCUCUCCUUACAUCACUGCUGCUGUUAACCACCCUGCACCUUCACACCUCCACAGACACAGCACCAUCAGGUUUUAAAUAAAUUAUUGUAAUUAGUCGACUAAUCCCCUAUUAUUUUUUCCAAUAAGUCGAUUAGUCAUGCAUAAACUGGAUUAAAAACUCACAUCUUAACCAUCAUUAAGCUUUAAAAUAACUACAAAUAAAGACAAUUAAGACGAUAGUUUAUUAAAUUGAAUCCUGCAGCUUUUUUCCUUCAUAAAUUUCUGGUAUUAAUCAAGAUUAAAUCAAAUGAGGUCGACAUCUGAAACAAUGGACUAUUUUUCACUAAAGAUAAAGUUUUGGUCUCUCUGACUCAAAUAUAACUAAAGUCCAUUGUGUGGUGCUGAACGGUCACAACUAUUUAGCUUCACUGCACUCUGACUCUACAGAAUUCCAAACAACAAUGUUCUUACUCGAUGCAGGAAAGUUAACAUUUCUCCAUGUCUGCAGAAAGACUUGAUCUCUUCAGAGAGCAGAUGUUCCUUCAGCAGAGACAUUUCAGUCUGAUGGGGUCGAGGUCACAGGGAUGCACACGAAACAUUUAGAGGAAACGCCCAUCAUUUUUACUCCAUCAUUAAAGAAGAUCAUCUUUUUUA